UUGUAUUAUCUAGAGAGAGAGAAAGAAGAGAGAGGAGUGGCUAAAAUGGUAAGAGCUCCAUGUUGUGAGAAAAUGGGAUUGAAGAAAGGGCCAUGGACUCCAGAAGAAGAUCAAAUUUUGAUAACUUUUAUUCAAAAAUAUGGACAUGAAAAUUGGAGGGCACUUCCUAAACAAGCAGGUUUGUUAAGAUGUGGAAAAAGUUGUAGAUUAAGGUGGACAAAUUACUUAAGGCCAGAUAUUAAAAGAGGAAACUUUAGUGAGGAAGAAGAACAAAUCAUCAUUAAGCUACAUCAACUUCUUGGAAACAGAUGGUCUGCAAUUGCAUCAAGACUGCCAGGAAGAACAGAUAAUGAAAUCAAGAACUUUUGGCACACUCACUUGAAGAAAAGGUUAGAAUUAAAACAAGACAAUGAUCUACCAUCCACUAUAGCAAAUGUAUCACAAAUAUUGGGUCAACAUAUUCCUUCAAACUAUCUUCAAGAUUCUCAAAAUAUUGUUGCCUAUCAUCCAACUUAUUAUCAUGAUCAAGAAGAUAUUCAAGAGAGUAAUUCAAAUUCUCAUCAUGACACUCAAUCAAACAAGGAGGAGAACAUGCAAUAUUCAACAAAUAAUGAACAUGGGGACAUGACUAGUUUCAACAAUGAUAUGGUUUUUUGGUAUAAUGUCUUCAUGAGUUCUGGAAACAAUGUGUCUGAUGAGAUCAGUUAGAGGUGUGUAAUUCAAAAUCAAGAUCAAGAGUCAGCAAAAUAAGUGUGAUUUUAUUAUGUAUACGUUUGAAAUUUUCGUGUGAUACAUGUAUACAUAUAGCUUGAGGCGAAAGUCUUAAUGGGCCUAGGUUCAGUUGAACUCAUCAAAAUCGUUCUAGACCCCACCUCUAAAUUAAUUACUAAAUUAUGAGAGUUGUAUUUCCACGAGAUGUGUGUUUAUAUUUAUCAACUAGUAAUUUGAGAUUGUUG